GAUGUCAUGACAACACUGGGGCUGUUUCUUCUGUUGGUAGGGAGUGUAGGGGGCGCCACGAUUCACGACACGUUACGGAGGGGGCUCUGUCUGUGUGUAGCGGACAACGAUAUUUACGCCAGGGACGGUCCUGGAGAAGAACACAAAGUCCUAGCAGUUCUACACGAUAAUGAUUGUUUCGUCACAAAGGGUGGCUUUCUACACAUAUUUGGUGCCACUUGGUACGAACUUCUCAAUGUCCAAAAUGAGGUUGGUUGGGUGAACGCUUACCAUCUCCGCGUCAAGAACAUGACAGAGUGCACGGGGACCCCGGGGAGUGUAAGCUCCACCCCCUUCUCGAUUACAGGCGGGGACCCAUUCGCCGGAGGUGACCCUUUCCAAGCGGGCACCUGCACCGAGGGGGGAAUGUUAUACAGAGAUGGGGAUCACAUACAACGUGGGGGCGUGACCUGCACGUGCCGGAGGGGCGUUAUCGACUGUCCAUCAAGUGCCGUUGGUUAGCGAUAUUAA